UGUACUAUUUCUAUCAACAGAAAAGGAGAUGAAAAAAAAUGGUAUAGCAGUAACAGUCAAUAGUAACAAAUCUGUGAUGCCAUGUGAGCAGAUAAUUCAUCUCAAUGCAGAAGAGAGAAAAACGGACUGGAGAGACAAAUUUCUCUUGGCAAUGAAAAUGGCUAAUGAUAGAAAUGCAAGAUCUGUAGCAUUUCCUGCUAUGGGCACAGCCAUGGAUUUUAAACCUGAAGCCAUUGCCAGCAGUUUUGUUGAUGCGUUGGUGGAAUUUGUAGACCUUGAUCCAGACUGUGUAAAAGAAAUCCAUCUGGUGAUAUUUGAACAACCAAUGGUGCAAAAGUUCAUUACAACCAUGCAGACCAGUUUUCAGCAACACAAACAGAAAAAGCCUAAUAACUGGAUGAUGCAGAAGGUCUCAAAUAUUUUCAGUCUGAUAAGUGGGAAACACUCCACAGAUCAAAGAUUUGAAUGGGAGCCAAGAAUCAAUGUCAUACAUCAAGACAAGUCACGUUUCCCUAUUAUGGUGUAUGGGCCUGACCAGAGAAGGAUAUCUGAUGCUAUUUCUGCUUUGGAAACUCUCCUAGAGAAAAAUUUUAGGGAGAAAAUAUUUAGUGAGGAUAUCAUCAAAAACUUCAGCAAAUCACAGGUAAAUCCAAUGUUGGUCUUGCAAAACUUACUUCAUGGUGUCAAUUACACGA